AUGCACACUACUCAAGCUCUAAUGGCGACUCUCUUCGCUGCCUCGGCUGUCCUCGCGGCCCCUACGCCCACCUCCACCUCCAUCUCCACUUCCGCAUCUACUUCCAGCGUGACAUCCGACUGGGUUAUUCAGAACCUUGAUCGUGAUUGCACCGAAGAUCAAACCUCAUGCACUUGGACCUUCAGCAUUUAUGAUGGUGACACAACCACUGAGUGCACCUACAUCGUAGAUGGUCCUGAUGUCAGCGGAGGCCCUACUGAGUGUGGCGGUUACACUAUCACCAGCAACUACGUUGGGGAUGCGGAUCCCGCAUGGACACAGAUGUCUGUCAUUAAAGAUGGCUACCUCAUCUAUCCUGAUUACACAGACGCCGAACUUGCCAGCCCACCCGUCGCCGACUUCACCCAGGCUCCCCAGCCUACCCCAUAG